AUGCCCAGCGGUACUGCAGGCUCAUCGGAACGUCUUCGAACCCCAUUGGCCUUGUCGUUGCAAAGGGGGACCACCAUCAUCCGUUGCACGCCUCCCAAGGCUUUUGUCGAGCCAAAGGCGGAAGACCAGCGAUGCUCCAAGUACUACGAUGACGUGAGGCGUCGCCGAGACCCCGCGCCGCCUCUGCCGGGCGAUUCCAGGCACGAUGGGCUCUGGGGGCCAGCCAGGCAUCAGCAGAGAGCGGUCCCUUGGAGAGAUCCAGCUCCGCUUAGGCAGACCAAAGCCUUCGGGUUGGCGGGCAUGAUAGGAGGCACUCCACGGGAAGAUUCCCAGCCGCCUGCGACCGUAGAAGAACGCAAGAGGGAGGCCUCCAGAAUGCCGUCUCGCCCUGUCAGUGAAGCAGACAGUCGCUACAGUGCUGCACUUGACGACGAGAGGGGAGACGAAGAUGAUGCUGCUAAUUUUGUGUCGCCAGAGCCGCCGCUCUCCCCGAAGGUUGUGGUGGACUGGGACAAAACAUGUUCCUCUUUAGAUGGGAAGGAGCCAUCCGCGCCUGCGAGCUACUCGACAGACGAAGCGGUGCUUCGAGGGUAUAUCGGCAUCGCGCAUGCUCUUCUACGCCACUUUGAGGAGGCGUUAGGGACCCGCCAGCGAAUUACAGCAGGAAGCUUAGAGUGUGCAGAGACGGUUUGCAAGGCGCUUAAUUCAAUUCAAGACUCAAACCCCAGAUUCCAGUUGCUUGCGCAACGCAUUGCAACUGCGAUUGACCUUUUACACAGGCGCAAAACGCUGGAAGACAGAGACGCAGCAGAACGAGGGGUUAUUUACGGGGAAGUGGAAUUCCCGUACUCUGGAGUCGAAGCAAACUAUUGGCCCCCAGUUCCGCGAGUCUACGCAUCACCCUUUUACAUAGGCCGUUCCAGCGGUGUUGAUUUGCGCCCAGCGUCUCCUCUCUCCCUUCAACACACACAGGAAGAGGGGAUGAACAUGUGGAGCCCGCCAAAGUGCUGCACUAGCUUCCCCUUCCAAACAGUGCAGUGUGGGACGAGACAGCAGAGACGCAUUGCUGGGCCUCCUACUCCCAAAGUUGCGCCCGUGCGCGAUGCAGCAAUUAACAGGGAAACCUAUCCUGAAACACCUCUCCAGGUGGAGCCUAGCCCACAAAGGCAGUGUGAGAGGGAGGUUGAGAGACGCAGCACUAGAAUGGAAGACACCGCAAUUGCUGUUCCGUCUGGGAAACGUGGGAACUUCUGCUCCCAAAGCAGCGGUUCGGUUGUGGUAUCGGGCGACAAGGAAGGCAUGACCUGCAGACCCUCUACAGGAACUUCCUCUGUAUUUUUGCAAGCUGACCAACUCCGCAAGACUUCUGCGACGGAGGCAUCCAGCCUUGAAAGGCCUUACAACACUCUCGAAUCCACGGGGAAACCUGCAGUGGUUGCCCCUGUCCUUUCUUCGUCUAACGCUCGAACGCGGUCUCCACAGUCUGCUGCUGGUAUCCCUAGGACCCAGCUUGCCGGGCCUCACCUCGGGGGGAUGACCUCCAAUGCUAACCAGACCCACAGAGCCGGCUGCACUGGCUUACCUUUUCGAGAAUUGGAAGGCAACUUGCAUGUGCGGCCACUUGUUCUGAGCGAAACUCACGUACUGACGGACAAGGACAACUCCCAAUGGAAAGAGGAUCCGACCCGAGCGUCAGCUGUGGAGGCAUUAGCCCUUAUUAGGUGCGCCAUAGGGCUUAUUGUCAGUGGAGAGGGGCCCGGGUUUGUCGAGAAGCAGUUUUUCAGAUAUUUCAGGCCGGACAGCUAUCAGAGAGAGGUAGACAGGCCGCUCAUUCCGGAGGGCAUGACACCCGCGCAAGGCAAGUACCUCCUCCUCUGCUACGCCAUUGCAAGGGUUGAGGCUGAGUACGGAGCAGACCCAGCGGCGAGAGACACGCAUCUAUACCUUCGCGACUUACGAAGAAUGGAAGAAAUCAUUGCUAACCCUUCGUAUCCCCAGGGGAAAACUUCUAUUGAAUCUCACGAUGGUAAUGAAGGACAAGAGUCCCAACGCCCCCAAAGUGCGCAUUCUCUGCCAGAACGGUCACCGGAGGAACGGAUGGAGCGCCAUUUGCCUCUUACCAUCCUUACUCUUCCUUCAAGCUCCCGCCGGCAGGUCACCGGAGAGGUUCGGCGCGAACAGUUUCCUCCAGUGCACUCUCCAAUGCAUUCUGAAGGCACAAAUUGCGUGUCCCCGGGACCAGUGUCUGAGCAGCCCAUGCAGAUAAAGAAAGAGAACUCCUUCGGGAGUGCCAGCAGUGCGACCCCCACUUCUCCGCAGCUUAGCUCCAUUAGCUUACCGAAGCCCCUCCCCAGUCUUGGCGGGUCAGGGUCGAGCUUUGAGAAGUUGCCUACUGCGGAUCAGCCAACGGGGAGUUCAACUGGACAGGUAGGGCAUCCGUUGCGAGCUUCCUCUUCAAGUUCUCUUUCUGCCGUAUUGACGGGGGGUCUUCCUGAUGUCCCCACUGCAACCGAAAGGUGGGAAAGCGAGCCAAGCAACAGCAGCACCUCGUCGCGGCAGGUAACUCUGCCGACUCCAACACUUGCACGGGCAACGUCGUCCGCUACCAUAGCCCAGUCCACCGCUCCCUCAGGGCUGUUGGAGCUGCGCAAAAACAGUUCAUCAUUGGAUAAGGUCUCUGAAAGGUCAACACCGUCGGGAGGGGGCAGUCGCUCCAAGCUGCUGAUGCCUAAGGGAAGUCUUGACUCCAUUAUGGUAGGAGAAGAAGGCCUGAAGUUGAGCACUCGGAGCGUCGUACGUGAUUCUCUCAGUGGCGAAGUUGCUUCUGUAGUUUUUGAACCUCCAAAGAACACCGCCGGACAAUCUUUACUAGACACUGCAACUUCUGCAGCUAUGAAGGAAAUUGCUCUGCCCCGCUCCCCAGGCCUGGCAGUUUCAGCGUCUUAUGAAGAUGGAAAAGCAUAG